AUGGGGCAUGUUUAUAACGGCCACCGUGGCGGCGGCGGCGAGGCGGUGAUAGAGAUAGGGAGGCCAGUGAACUUCACCGGCGGGCUGGAAUUCUCGAGCCUGACGUACACGGUGACAAAGAAGAAGAAAGAUGAGAAUGGAAGUUGGGUGAGCCAAGAAGUGGAUUUGUUGCAUAGGAUCACUGGGUACGCUCCAAAAGGGUGUGUUACUGCUGUGAUGGGGCCCAGUGGGGCUGGGAAGUCCACCUUGUUGGAUGGGUUGGCGGGGAGGAUAGCCAGUGGGAGUCUUCAGGGCAGGGUGUCCUUAGAUGGGGCAGAUAUUAGCCCAAGUAUCAUCAAAAGGACCUCUGCCUAUAUAAUGCAAGAUGACAGGCUUUUCCCUAUGCUUACUGUUUAUGAGACUCUCAUGUUUGCUGCUGAUUUCCGGUUGGGGCCUAUACCCAGGGCUGACAAGAAGAACCGCGUCGAGAAGCUCAUUGACCAGCUCGGUUUAUCACCAUCUAGGAAUACGUACAUUGGUGAUGAAGGGACUAGAGGGGUAUCCGGCGGAGAGCGUCGCCGGGUAUCCAUAGGGGUGGACAUCAUACACGGACCUCCACUACUCUUCUUGGACGAGCCAACAUCAGGGCUAGAUUCCACCAGCGCCCACAGCGUGAUAGAGAAGGUCCACGACAUAGCACGGGCCGGCAGCACCGUGAUUCUCACAAUCCACCAGCCCUCCUCGCGCAUCCAGCUCCUUCUAGAUCACCUCAUCAUCCUGGCCAGAGGGCAGCUCAUGUACCAGGGCGCACCCAAGGAUGUAGCUCAGCAUCUAGGCCGCAUGGGGCGCAAAGUCCCCAAGGGGGAGAACUCUAUAGAGUUUUUAAUUGAUGUGAUUCAAGAAUAUGAUCAGACUGAGCAUGGAGUUGAGGUGAUGGCGAAUUUUGCGCUCACUGGGAAGAAACCGCCGGCGUUAGAUGGUGAGGAGAUGUCUGUUUCGACUGUGGUUCCGUCGCCGGCCCCGGCGCAGCGCUGGCUUGGGGGUGCAGGGCAGGGUGGGGACAAGUCCGGGAAACGGCUGCACUUGCAGGCGGGAGCUAAAGAUGACGACAGAAAUUUUGAUCGUAGUUUGAGAAGCAAUAAUUGGAACACAUCCCAGUCAUGGAGUACUAGCCAAAGUGGGAUUAUGAAAGCUUUUGGGCUUACCCCUUCUCGCCGAAGCACCGAUGGGAGAACCCCAAACCCUAUGAGUUCAUCCCCGGGAUAUUACGCAUACUCAAGCGAGAUUCUUCCGAGCACCCCCACGCCGCACAGCAGCGACUACACCGUCAAUGAAAACGACUACCGCACACCAGAAGCCGCUCGCGCAAACCAACACUACCACCACCACCACCACCACCAACACCUCGCCCCAAAAUUCGCCAAUUCGUUCCUGUCCGAGGCCUGGAUCCUGAUGCGCCGCAACUUCAAAAACAUCAGGCGCACCCCGGAGCUCUUCCUCUCCCGCCUCGUAGUCCUCACAGUGAUGGGGAUAAUGAUGGCCACAAUGUUCACCCACCCCCCCAAAAGCAUGCAGGGAAUCACAGACCGCCUCAGCUUCUUCAUCUUCACCGUCUGCCUCUUCUUCUUCUCCUCCAACGACGCCGUCCCCGCCUUCAUCCAAGAACGCUUCAUCUUCAUCCGCGAGACCUCCCACAACAAAUACCGAGCCUCAACCUACACAAUCGCCGGGUUAAUCACCUACCUCCCUUUCCUCCUCCUCCAGGCCGCCGUGUACGCCGCAAUCGUCUGGUUCGCGCUCGACCUCCGGGGCCCCUUCCACUACUUCCUCCUCGUCCUCUUCAUGUCCCUCCUCUCCACCAACUCCUUCGUCGUUUUCGUCAGCUCUGUGGUCCCAAACUACAUUCUGGGCUACGCGGCGGUCAUAGCUUUCACGGCCCUUUUCUUCUUGUUUUGUGGGUAUUUCUUGAACAGCCAUGAUAUCCCUCGCUACUGGAAAUGGAUGAAUAAGGUUUCCACCAUGACUUAUCCGUACGAAGGGCUUUUAAUGAACGAAUUUCAGACGGAUGAGAGCUUCGGGGAUGACCCGUUCGGGAGGCCGUUGCUGGGGAAUCAGAUCCUGGAAUCGCUGCAUAUUGAAAGGGAGAGCGGGAAGAAGAUGGUGAAUGUGUAUAUAAUGAUUGGUUGGGCUGUUAUAUACAGGCUCCUGUUUUACAUUGUUCUUCGAUUCUUUUCCAAGAACCAGAGAACAUAA